AGUCCCGCGAAAAUGAGCGCUACGAGUGUCCAGGAGGCGCCCAAGAAGGCGGUGGCCACCAAUGCCAUCAAAUUCCUCUUCGGCGGCCUCUCGGGAAUGGGAGCCACCAUGGUGGUGCAGCCGCUGGAUUUGGUCAAGACCCGCAUGCAGAUUUCUGGAGCGGGCAGUGGCAAGAAGGAGUACCGCAGCUCCUUGCACUGCAUCCAGACCAUCGUGAGCAAGGAGGGACCUCUGGCCCUGUACCAGGGCAUCGGAGCUGCUCUGCUGAGACAGGCCACCUACACCACGGGAAGAUUAGGCAUGUACACGUAUCUGAACGACCUGUUCAGGGAGAAGUUCCAGAGGAGUCCCGGCAUUACGGACAGCAUGGCCAUGGGCACGAUUGCUGGCGCCUGUGGUGCCUUCAUCGGCACGCCUGCAGAGGUGGCCCUGGUGCGCAUGACAUCGGACGGCAGGUUGCCGGUAGCCGAGAGGAGGAACUACACCAAUGUGGCCAACGCCCUGGCCAGGAUCACCAGGGAGGAGGGCCUUACGGCUCUGUGGAGGGGCAGUCUGCCCACGGUGGGUCGCGCCAUGGUCGUAAACAUGACCCAACUGGCCAGCUACUCGCAGUUCAAGACCUACUUCCGCCACGGGCCCCUCAAGAUGGAGGAGGGCAUCAAGCUGCACUUCUGCGCCAGCAUGCUGAGCGGUCUGCUGACCACCAUCACCUCCAUGCCGCUGGACAUUGCCAAGACCCGUAUCCAGAACAUGAAGACGGUCGAUGGCAAGCCAGAGUACCGCGGCACCGCCGACGUCCUGCUGCGCGUGGCUCGCCAGGAGGGAGUCUUCGCCCUGUGGAAGGGAUUCACGCCGUACUACUGCCGCCUGGGUCCCCACACCGUGCUGACCUUCAUCCUUCUGGAGCAGCUCAACCAGGGCUACAACAAGUACGUCCUGGGCUCGAACAAGAGCACUGGCCUGUAAAUGAUGACCAAUAACCCAUAUCCAAUGAUCAACGAACGAUGAACCAUGCGUGUAUAUACGACGUUAAGUUUAAACAAAACUUAGGGCAUUUAUAUGUCGGCAAUUCCGGUGACAAUAUUACAUGAUAACGAUUAGCUUGAAUGUUGAAACAGUUUUUCUAGCGCCAUAAGUAUAAAGUGGAUUCUCAAUAAAGCACAAAAUGUUAGAAAA